AUGGGGGUGCUUGGCCCUGGGCUCUACCGCGUCACCAGCGCCAACUACACGGCCCGGUGCAGCAGCGAGUGCGGGGGGGUGAACGGCACGGAGAUGUGCAUGACCAACGGCAGCAUGCGCGCCAGCCCGUGCGCCCUGGAGUGCUGCAGCUCGCCCCUCUGCCUGCAGCUCAACGCCACCGCCUAUGGUGACUUGCCGCCUACCACCACGCCGGCGCCCACCACCACCACCAGCACCACCAGCACCACCAAGGCCCCCCCGAGAAACCCCUGGCCCCCGUGCACCAGCGGCUUCUCCCCCCUUCUCUCGCAGGGCAAAGUGUGCGCGACCUUCUCCUGCCGCGGGGACGGCUGCUUCAAGGGCAAGAAGCCUGCUGGCCGGUGCAUCGUCGGCUUUGACUUCUGCGAGAUGAAGAAGACGGGCUCGAGCUAUGUCGCUGGGUGCAGCAAAGCCUGCAAGACGGGCAAGCCAGUGUGCGCCAGUGGCGUGGCCACCACCUGCUACCAAGAGUGCUGCCCCGCCGGCCCCAAGGCCAGCUGUCUCAAGCUGGAUGGCCACGUGCACGUCAACGGUGCCGGGCGGAGGGCUCUGGCCCCGAUCCUGCAGCUCCUGGCCGGCGGCGCGGUCUUCGUCCUCCACUACUGCGUCCUCGCUGCCUUCCAGGGUUAAGCAGGGCCUGCAGGCUGACUAGGGGCUGGGGGACCCUGGGCACGCACUAGGAUCGCUGUAGCUCUCUCCCUUCGGCUAAGGCUUGCUAGGAAACUCCCUCUGCUCAAUCGUGCCCAGGCAGAGAAGAGCCUGUGGGCUUCUUCCCAUCCCCGCAGGACGGCUUCUGGCU